UCUCGGUAGCGGCUGUCUAUGCGCUUUCGUUCAAACAUUUCUGGGCUUCGGGAGGAAAAAAACUAAAAUAGAAUUGUAAGUUCAAUUAUAAUAAUAAUGUUAACAUUUAUGAUUGUUAUGCAACGAUAAGCACGGUUCGCGAGCUUUAUAAAGCGAGGCCUGCUGCUCGGCGUUGACAGCAGCAUGGCCGUCCGCACCGGUGGGCCUAUCCCGGCGGGCCCCAUGGAGGCCACGGCCCCCGAGGCCUGCGAGCUGCUGUCACGCCGACUGCGCAUCGCCGAGGAGGAGACGGAGGCCCUGGUCCGUGACCUGGAUGCGCUGGGCCUGGGGCGGCACCCUAAGGGCCACACCGAUGGCUCGACGGCCGACAGCAUCGCGCAACCGCCGACGCCGCUGCCUCCCUUGCGCGUGUCGCGAGCGCUUGCGCCAGGCGCGUCGGACAUGCUGUGGCGCAACUACGAGGCGCUGGUGCAGCGCGUGUGCCGCGCCGAGAGCGCCCUGCACACGCUGAGGCUCACCGCGCUGCGCCUGCAGGCCGAGAGGGAGCUGGCGCCGCCGGACGCGGACGACGAGGCGUCAUCGCUGCGCGAGGAGGUGUCGGGCCUGCAGCAUGAGGUGGCGCGUCUCAGGCAUCGGCUGGCCGACGCCGUGCACCAGCUGGAGGCGUCCGUGGAUGAGAAGGCCCGACUGUCCGCCGCCCUCGAGGUCGCCACAGCCACCAAGAGUGACGUCGCGAUCGCCGCCGAGGAGAUGAAACACAAGACAACCCGCAUGAACAAUCGCGUGAACGAGCUGCGCGCGGAGCUGUCGCGCGAGGCGAGCCUGCGAGCGACGCUCGAGGAGUCGCACGCCGCGCUGCUGGAUCGCGUGCGCGACGCCGAGCGCAUCGUCGACGCCGAGAGGUCGGAGGUUGCUCGGCUGCAGGGCGAGUGCUCGUGCGUGCGCCAGGAGGGCCUGGCGGCGGCUGAGCGCGCGCGGCGUGACAGAGAGAGGGCGAGCGAGCUGGAGGGGAGGGCAGCCGACCUCCACAGGCAUGCAGAGGCAAAGGAGUCGAUCAUCACUCAGAUGACGGCGGAGGGGAAGAGGCUGCAGUCAGAGCUGCACGAGGAGAAGAGGGAACGCGGGAAGCUGCAAGCAGAGAAUUCCUCCAUCGUGGCCUCUCUGAAGAAGAUGCAGGCCGAGAAGCAGGAGCUACAGAGAGAGAACACGGCGCUCGCGACGGCCGCACGGGACGUGGAGAUCGCAGCCGAUGAGGCGCGCGCCACUCACCAGAAGGACCUCCAGGCGGAGAGGGCAGUUCUGACCGAGCGGAUCCGGGAGCAGGACGGCGUGCUGGAGGCCGCGCGGGCGAGCGUGAAGGAGCCGCUCGUCGCCGCGCGCCGGGAGAUUGCGCGACUCGACGCUCAGCUCACAAGCCUGCAGCACGAACGAGUGGAGCUGGUGCGAGAGCGCGACCUCGCUAUCGAGGGCGCCACGUCCCAGAAGGACGCACUGGAGGAGGCGGCCGUCCGGCUGCGUCGAGAGCUCGACUCGGCCAAUCAGGAGCUGCAGCAGGCGCGGCGCGAGAAGGGGGGCAUGCUGCGAGAGAUGGAAACAAUGAAGAAGCAGCACUCGGAAGAGAGAGAAAAACUUGAAGCAGAGAACGCAAAGAACAAGCUGGAGGCCCACUCCCUGGGCGGCGUCCUCCGUGCCGUCGAAGAGGAGGCCGGACGGCUCGCGGGGAAGCUCGCCGCCUCCGAGCAGCGGCAGAGUGCCGAGCGGCAGGUGGAGCAGCUGCUCGGCAAAAUGACCGAGAGCAAGAAUCGACUGGCGUACGAGAAGGGCCAGCUGCAGACGCGUGUGGAACAGCUGGAGGCGGAGUUGCUCCGUCUGUCGGCCGAGCGGGCGGAUAGCGGCCGCUUGUCGCGACUCAACACCGCUCUGCAGGCCAGGCACGCCGAGGCGACCUCUGAGUUGAGCUCCUGCAAGGUGACCAUUUCACGGCUGGAAGCGAAGCUCGCCCAGCUCGAGUCGUCGCUGGAGACCAAGGAGGAGGAGUUUGCCCUGGCGGUCCGUUCCCGUGACGACGCCCUGCAGGAGAAGCAGAGGAUCAUGGGCCUAUCCGAGGGGGCGCAGGAGCGGGAGAGGCAGAAGGUCACCCAGCUGUCGCGGCAGCUGGAGGAGUCGCGGGCGGAGCGCGAGCGGCUGGCGACGGCGCUCCAGGGCGUGACGGCCGCUCACGGCGAGCUGCAGGCCGCGCUGCAGGAGGCGCAGACGCAGCUGGGGCGGCGCGACGGCCACGUCGCCGGCCUCCUGCAGCACAGGACGCAAUCCCAGCAUGCUUUGCAGCAGCUGACGACGGAACUGGAGACACUGCAGUCCAAGCUGAACACCGUGGAGACUCAGAACGCCAGCCAGAUGGAUCCGGCGAGGAAGGCGCUGGAGUUGUCGCGCGCCGACAACACGAGGCUGGCGCGAGCGCUGGAGCGGGCGUUGGCGGAGGAGGCGGAGUUGCGCGAGCGCCUGGCGCGCGCCACCGCCGCCGCCGACGCCGCCGACGCCGCCAACGGUCGGGCGGAGCAACUCGCGGCAACGAGGGAGCGGGAGGCGGAGGAGGCGCGCGCGGAGGCCGAGGCGCAGGCGGGGCGGCUGACGACGCUGAGGGCUCAGUUCCAGAGCGAGAGGGACGCGGCGAAGGUCGCGGAGCACAGGGAGACGAACCAGCUGCGGCGAGCGCGCGACUCCUCCGCUGUGCGUUGCUCGGAGCUGUCGCGAGCGAACCGGGAGCUGCGCGAGCGCGCGGCGGCGCUGGAGGAGACGCUGGCGACGCAGGCCGCCUCGCUCAAGAAGCUGCGCGCGGAAGGGCGCAGGCAGCGCGACGUCGCCAGGUCCAACGGCGCCAGCCUCAAGGAAGCGGAGGGGGAGCUUGCCGCCAUGCAGCGGCUUCGCGACGAGUACCUGAAGAAGAGUGAGGAGCAGGCCGGUUGCCUGUCGCGGUUUGCCGACGAGGUGAAGGCGCUGCAGGAGGAGCAGCGGGCGCUGGCGCUGGCACAGGCGGCCUCCGAGCAGCUGUGCGGCAGACAGGAGGGAGAGCUCGCUCGCCAGAAGCAGCGGGCGCAGGAGCUGGAGGCAGAGGUGGCGCGCCUGCGGACGUGCAAGGAGGAGAUGGAGCGCCGACUGCAGGAGGCGAGCGACGAGUCGCAGCAAAUCUCUUCGAACCUGGAGGAGGCCCACCGCUGGUUUCGUGAUAAAUUCGACUCCCUGCAAACAGAGCUGCACGUCGCCAAGCGGCGAGACGGUCCCGCACGCUCCACCACGAAUUUGGCGCCCGACGCUGGGCCAGAUGCUGCGAGAUCGUGCGUGCAGGGGUCGACGAGGAAACCCCGGGACGGACGAGGAGGCGAGGACGCCAGGCUGCAGCCGCUGGUCGGCCGCUGCCGGGCGAAGCAGGAGCUGCGUCUGAUGGCUCGCAACCGACAGGAGCCCUCCACCACCAACACCGUAACCAUUCCCCAACCGUCUGCCAGUGGGCAGGAAUGAGACGUCCAUUAUGCUAUGGCCGAUCCCAAUCCACCUCGAUAUAUGCAGUAAAUGAAUUUUAUCCGUGGCAAUGCUUUAAUGUUGCUGCUCUGAAGGAUUUCGUUAAGUGUGUUUAUCAGCCGGUAUUAUUCUACUCAGCGGAGACUCAUCCAUCCACUCUAAGGGGUCUGAUAAUUGAACGAGAUUAGCGUUUUUGUACAAUCUCUUUUGGGAUAAUUUUGCAUGAUGUGUGUACGUGCAGUCCCUUAAAACAAUCGACUGGUGGAUGAGGGGCUCCCCACACUGCAGAUCACGUGGUUGGAGGUAGAGAAAGUACAAUGCUUUGGAUUUUCCUGCACGACGUGAGAAUUGUAUUUUAUUGUGUUUUAUUAUUUCCCUUCUACGUGACUUUACUGAAAGAACCAAGAAGAGGGAUGGAGAUUACCACCGCUUGUGGGAGAAUAACACGAAAAUAGGAGUCUAACUCGAAGUUUCAGACAGGGCCUCAUAAGAGUUUCCAGUCUCCCAUGGCCUUUGCAAAGCCGUGAGAGUUGAACUGCACAUGUUGUCGCUUUCAAUUACAGUAUAUUGGUUUGUGAAGUGGAAUGUCGGUUGAGCUGACAGACUGGGUGGACCAUGAACCAGAUUUAUUUAUUCACUAGAGGCCACAUUUAACUCAAACGGCAUUUAUAUUUAUUAGCAAUACAAUAACAGUUGGUUGAGAUUGUAUUAAUUUAUUGCUUAGGCAGGAAGGAGAUGCUACAGACAAAAUAUUGUACUUUUCUAAAUGUUAAUUACUGCAUU